CACACAGUAGUCAUCAGACUUGUGGAGAGUAGUGUCACGUUUGGUGGGAUAAACGGCGUGCGAUUAAGUGCUUCAACUGAACAUGGGCGGAACAUCGUCGUCGCGUAAUAAAUCACAAUCCGUGAGCUAUCCGGAGCACGAUGAUCCGGCGUAUCGCAAGUGCCAGGAGCUGAAGAUGGAGCGCUGGAUUCAGAUGCACUACCAGAUCAAGCAGCGGGAACAGGCCCUGGCCAUUGCCCAGCAUCGGGAGCUCUUCUACUGGCUGAGUGGAUUCUACAUCAGCGCCGUCUGCGGCUGUGCCAACUAUUACCAGAGGGUCAAGCGCGCCUCGGUGCUGGCACCGUUGCUGCCGCUUACCUUCGUCAUGGGCUACUAUGCGGACUGGGCGUACGGGAGUAAGCUGCACCGUAUUCAGGCCGAGGCGAAUAUAAUCAUGGAGCACGAGCAGGAGCUGCUGCACUGGCCGGGCGGACUACCGACGGUCGCCAGCAUCGAUGAGGCCCGGGUCGAGGUGCACAUGGAAAAGAAAAUGCAUCCGCAUCACAUGUAGACAGACCAGUGCCCGUACCCAAUUUCCUCAUCCAAGUGGCUCACGUGGUUCAUCUAUUUUUCCGACUCUUUUGCUCAAAGUUAUUAUUACUCAAUCGUACGUCACUUAUGCAUCGGUAGUGCACUGUACAUCUAUACAUAUGUAUGUGUAUGUCUGUAGGCACUACAUGUGUACAUCAGCUGUUGAAAUACUCUUUUAAGCUCUUAAACUCUUUUCCUUCCCUAUACUCUAUAUACAUAUAUAUAUAUAUAUAUAUAUUUAUAUAGCUAUAUAUAAAGGGUGCAUAUGUCUGUACAUAUUGGGACUCCUGCAGAGCUCGGCAAAGAAAAUACAUACAUGCGGUGCUCUUCGAUGCCCAUGCGGAGAUCCGCAUGGCGGGAGAAACAGAGCUGAUGUAUGUACCUAUGAAUGUAUGUAUGACAUGUGAAUAUGUUUACUGCACAGACACUCUUGGACACCGUGUCUAGCAGGAGAAAGAUUCAUAUUCAUAUGUAUGUACGACAUGUGAAUGCACAAAUAUGUACAUACAUACGUACAUACUCAGCUGGUAUUCGCAGACACCUCCUAUGCAGGACAUUGCCAGUUAAUAUGGUGCAUGGCAUGUACACACAUAUACAUACCUUUAUACAAUUGAAUCCGGCUAGAACGACUCCGCGCUUAUGGCAUACGUCCAAUGAAAAUUCUGCUCCCUAGACAAACUUAUAUGAGUAAAUAUAGAUGGCUAUAGCGCCUUCCGUACAUAAAGACGGUCGCCAGAGCAUCGCUACAGCCGGAUUCUACCGUAUAUGAGCGUUACUUUUAAGCAUAUUUAUUCAUUUACAUAUAUUCUAAACAAAA